GUGUUGCGGUAUUUUCCCGUCCCCAGCGGAACGUAUGAAGUACACACCCUCCUGUUUACAGGGACAAAGUCCAUCCCAUGAAGACUGUAUCCCUGAGUUUUACAGUAAUACAACGCUAUCUACGCCAGUAACAAUAUGUUACGACAUCGAAUAUAUGUGACGAGUGUUGUGCUGAUCUUGUGCUGUGUUUACAUCACUGAUGGGCAAGAAGUGAACACCAGCCAAGGCCGUUUGCGGGGAACAACUCUAUCUGUUCGUGGCAAACACGUGGACGUUUUCCAUGGCAUACCGUUUGCCAAACCCCCUGUCGGAAACCUCCGCUUCAAACAUCCCUCUCCUCCCGAUUCCUGGGAUCCAGAGAUCCGGAACGCCACACAAGAGAAGCCUCCCUGCCUUCAACCAAGGGACAUCUUCAGCUUCCCCGAAGACUACCGCAAGACCCCAGGCAACCUAAGUGAGGACUGUCUGUACUUGAGUUUAUGGAGGCCUUCCAACAUUUCACAGGCGUCUAACCUGGCCGUCAUGGUGUUCAUCUACGGCGGGGGAUGGGGCAUUGGAUCUAUUAGAUUGGGUUUAUAUAACGGACAGUACCUUGCUGCUGAGAAUGACAUUAUCCUUGUGUCCAUCAACUACAGACUUGGACCUUUGGGGUUCGGGUACUUGGGUCCGGAUACAAUACCUGGUAACAUGGGUUUGAUGGACCAGCGGAUGGCCUUGAAAUGGGUCAACGAUAACAUAGCCAGGUUUGGUGGUGACGUCAACAGAAUAACCAUAUUUGGAGAAAGUGCUGGUGCAGUGUCAGUCGGUCUCCAUCUUCUGUCGCCUCUGUCACGUGAUCUGUUCAAAUAUGGUGUCCUGGAAAGUGGGUCUCCGAAUCAACCAGUGAGCCGUCAAGUGUAUCAGGAUCACGAUACGGCGCGGUCGUAUGUAAGAACAUUUGGCGCCAUUGUAGGCUGCACUGGCUCUACAGAUGCUGACCUCUUUACAUGUCUGCAGAAGGUGGAGGCUGAUGCGAUCACGCCUGCCUUUGUGAAGGGCCUCGAACACGGACGAGCUCAUUCACCAGUCAUAGACAAGUACUUUAUGCCAGAUGAUCCUCUGACGUUGAUGAAGACGGGGCAAUUCAAGAAGACGAACAUAUUACAGGGAUGCAACAAGGAUGAAUCGACUGUCCUCGUGUUGCCAUUAAUGACGAACUUCACUCGUGAUGGACUGACCAGAGAGAAAUAUCUGGAAAUCAUGAAAUCAUACACACGAUUUUCUGGACCGGAGUCUAAAGCAGAAGCUCUUAGGCUAUUUUAUGAGGAGAUGCAGGAUCCGGUGGAACCUAUCAACUAUAUACAGGUCCUCAACAACAUCCGUGAUGACUUGGAGUUCACAUGUCGAGCUGUGGCCUUCUCUUCGUACUACUCUGAACACAAUGAUACAUAUAUGUACAGCUUCAACCAUCGUCUCUCCACCAGCAGUUAUCCCUCGUGGAUAGGAGCGACUCACACGUACGAACUGGAGAUGGUGUUUGGCCUGCCUCUUGACAGGUCAUUGGGAUUCCAACAGGACGAGGUGGAACUCAGUAGGACUAUCAUGACAUACUGGACUAACUUCGCCAAAACAGGAAACCCCAACAAGCCUGUUGCUGUGAGGAGUAAGUGGGCAGUGUUUAAGCAGCCAAGGGCACAAUACAUGUCCCUUGACGUUGGUGACAACCUGGCAACCAGGCAGCGUCUACACCAUCAACGGUGUAACUUCAUCAACAACAUAUUGCCUCUGGUACAAGAAGUCAGUAAAGAUAAAGACAUGACACCAGCGUCCACCGCGCCCUGCACGAACGCCAGUCUAAGAUCGUCUUGCGCCCGUCUUAACAUCAUGGCGCUGAUGACGGGUGUCCUUCUUCUGAGGCCCCUGGAUUAGCCAGAUGCUACCUGCGGUGCAACUUGCGUAGAAGCUACCCAUGUAACCCUCCCUUGGGACCUUUAGUAAUCACUUUACUUCUUGUGAUGGACGCUUGUUGCACCUCUUGAUUCAAUGUGUCUCACGUUGUCGUAAGAACACAAUAGUAAUAUUUAUAAAAUAAACUAAUAAUUCGUUUUGUUUGAAUGACAACCCUUUAUACAGUCUCAGUGAUAUAUCAGAAACUCGAAGUAGAUUUGUCAAAAUCUUUGUCGGGUUUUAUACCCGUGCUCGUGGGUUUCACCACGUGGUAAACAUCUGAGACCUGCAUCACUUCGGGAUUUCCACUCAUCGUCAACUUUUCAAA